UUUUUAGAAAAAAAUAGUCAGCCAUUUUCGUGAAAAUAAACAGAGGACAUACUUUAUCAAACAUAUUGCUUUGUGUAAGGAAAAAAGAUCUAACAAAAGAAAAUAGCUUGCUUUUGAAAAAUGUGAUUAAAUAUUCAGAUUAAUUAUUCUUAGCAGCGAAAAAUAACGAUUGUAACCGAAGGAAAUGUACCGUGUUAAAUCAAAAAUGUAGAAGAAUGUUUUGGAUUCACGUGUUGACAUCUGUAUUCGUUAUUCUCCAGCAUUUAACGGGCAGCUGGUCAACAGAGGCUGCUUUGGCUGUCCACAAAACCCGGCUAUGUAUGGUGUUAGAUACGGAUUGUAAGGAAAAUGGAGGGAAUAGUUGCCAAAGACAUGAGAGGUGCGAUGACGAAAGUCAGUACUGCUUCACUGCUUGGAGUCCCAGCAAUACUUCAGCUAAUGGAAUUAAACUGAUGCACCAAGGAUGUUGGACCCAGAACCAGGGCUGUGAGAAUGACAGCUGUGUACAGUCCAGUGAGCACCAGACACACAGCGUGGGCUUCUGUUGCUGUCGUACAGAUCUGUGUAACUUCAACAUCAGUAUGGCAGGAAGCUCUCCAGUGUCAAUCACAGAGAAAGAUACAACCACGAAAAUUAAUGCCAAUGGGAAGGCCAACAAAGUGAUGAAGAUCAUGAUGUAUUCAUUGGUGCCUAUCAUAGUACUAGUAAUACUCAUCGUCAUGGUGUUUGUCAUGUGGCGCUGUUACUACAACAGAAACUUGUACACAUCUCACCUACAGCUGCCAGCCAGUGACCCUGAGAUGGGGACCCAGGAGUUUAAUCAGCCCCACCGUCCCAUCCAGCUGUUAGAGCUCAGGGCUCAUGGAAGGUUUGGUGAAGUUUGGAAAGCCAACAUGUUGAAUUCUGUUGUGGCUGUUAAAAUCAUGCCAUUCAAAGAAAAAGCUUCUUGGCUGGCAGAGCAGGAAAUCUACAACUUACCCCAUAUGAAGCAUGACAACAUCUUACUGUUUGUUGGUGGGGAAAAACACGAGGAAAAUCUGUGGCUUAUUACGGAGUUCCAUGAGAAAGGUUCACUGUGUGACUUUCUGAAGGGCAACACGGUUACUUGGAGUCAGUUGUGUAAAAUCUCUGAAUCCAUGGUUAGGGGGUUAGCCUACCUGCAUGAUGAUGUUUCACUAACAAGAUGCCAGUCUAAACCAGCUGUAGCGCAUCGAGAUUUCAAGAGCAAAAAUGUAUUGCUGAAGGAAGACCUGACUGCUUGCAUUGCUGACUUUGGAUUGGCGCUGAAAUUUGAGCCUGGUAAAAGCCCUGGAGAGACGCAUGGCCUGGUUGGAACACGACGAUACAUGGCCCCUGAAAUAUUAGAGGGUGCGAUCAGUUUCCGGAAGGAUGCUUUCCUGCGGAUUGACAUGUACGCCUGCGGACUGGUUCUCUGGGAGCUCCUGACACGGAACUCGUGUUCUGAACAACCAGCUGACGAGUACCAGUUACCGUUUGAAGAGGAAGCAGGAUCCCACCCAACACUGGAGGAUAUGCAGGAACUUGUAGUGAUGAAGAAGCUGAGGCCAACUAUAAAGAAUCAUUGGCUUCAACAUCCGGGCUUGGAGCAGAUUGCAGCCACCAUAGAGGAAUGCUGGGACCAGGACGCGGAGGCUCGAGUGUCGGCUAUCUGUGUCAAGGAGCGUUUGAGCCAGUUAAGUCGUACACUAAAUGUGUCCACCUCUAGCCACAACCUGAGCAUCUCACCCAAUCAGAACAUAUACUACCACAUUUCCUCCGUGUCCACCUAGUAACCCCACACAGAUCCCACAAAGCAUACCUCAUACACGGGCAAUUAGUUCUGACAACACGACUUGUGUGAAGAAGACUGCCGCUAACUCAGGAGAUACAAAUUACAUGUGGACAAAAAAAACAUAUUUAUUAGAUCUUUAAAUUAGGGAGAAUGUAUGUUGUCUACCAGACCAUUUCUCUUCAUGCUGGACAAAAUUAGGAGAGGCAGAGAUGUGUUUUUACAAUGCUACAUGACUUUGUUACCAUAGUGUACAGAUAUUACUAGCUAUUCAUUCUCAAUAUACAUCUGUUCAUGUGGAAUUUGUUUGGUCAUUUUGUCAUAUUUUACUUUAUAUCCCAAUGUCAUUAGUGCUAAUUUUUUCAAAUAUGUAAAUGUAUUUAAGGCUGUGAGACUUGAAUUUUUUAGCUAGGUUUUAUAUGUCAGUUUAGGUGUUAAACACAUCGUGGAAGAUAUUUCCCCAAGCAUUUGAUUUAUAACUUGAUGAAAUAUUUGACACUUUAAAAAAACAUUUGAAAAAAAAAAGAUUUUUAUUGAAUUUAUAUUGUACUUAAUAUAUAGUGAAUGGUGUUUUCAUGCAUUAUUAAGGGACAGCAGUUAGAUCGUACAUUGUAUAUUACUGAGCUACAGACUGAACGUUAAUGGAAUUCUUCAUUUUUUUUAUUAGAAACUUUUACUGAUCAUGUAUAUGUAAAAAACAAACUAGUUGUUGUUUCCCAUGGCAUUAUACGUGUCCUCUCUUGUUACGAGUGAUAAUGUUUUAUCUUUAUAUACCGGGUUGUUAGGGGGAGGCAAUCCACCUGACCAUGCCUUGUUUCCUCUGGUACAUUUUCAGAUGAUAUUACAUAUGUAUGUACCGGUGAUCGUUCUGACCUAACUUGUGCGGGUUUUUUUUAUCAAUGUAUAACUAUAUUUCUUGUCACGUAUUAUGACAACAGUGUAUUUCUGUAUACCAUACCCCAUUGUAUUCUCAUUUAGAUGCAAGUAUUUGCAAGUUUCCGUUUAAUUUCAUCAUGUCCAUAGCGUAGUUAUGAUUACAUCAAUGAUUACCUUAAACUACUGCUAAAAUUGAUAAAUUUUUGUAUAAAUAUUAUUCUCUUUAAGUUUACUUUUAAAAUCAAACUCCUAUAACUAGCUUUAAAAUGAAUUGAUUUGUGAAAUGGUUUGUUUUCAUACUUAUAAUUUUGAUUUCUAAAGUCUGAUUUCAAAAAAAAAUUACCAGAGUGCAGUCUUUUCCCCCUAGUAUUAUUAUGUUAGUGUAGUACCAUACAGUAGUAGUUUGUUUACUUAGUUCCCAUUCUUGAUUUUUAAUUGUACAUAAAACUCAUUUUCUUGGUACAUGUAUAUUUAUUGUAUUUGUUUUCUUACUGGUUAAUGACCUGGAGUUGAUUAAAAUGAAAGGUGUUUUUUUUUUCAUUUUCAAAGAUGGCACCAUUUUAAAUAGGUUGUUUAUAGGUACUAAAAAAUAUAAAGAAAUUUAACAUGAUGGUGUAGCACAGUUUUCUAAAGUGAGUUGCCCUUUAAUGUCCUGUAUACUUACAUGAAAUGUUCCGUAAAUUGUAUAUUAACUUUAUACAAAUUGUAACUAAUGAUGGUAAAUUUAACAAUAUAAGAGCUUCAGAACGAUGUUCAAAAAUGUCAAGGACAUGUUUCCUUACAAGAGAAACAUCUAAGUAACUAUGUUCCUUGCUUUUUAAUGGAAUAUUCGACCUUGAUAAUUCUUAUAAAACUUUUUUGAGAUAUAUGUCAACCCACUUUUAAAAAUGUGUGGUUUGUGAAACAGUAUUGUAUUAAUAGGUUUGCAUUUGAUUUUAUCACAUUUACAGAUUCAAGGAAAAAAGUCUGUUGUUUAAGUCCAUUACAUAAUGAUUAUAUGUGAUUAUUUUCAAUAAAAUGGCAUAUUACAAACA